AUAGAUUUUUUCAUAAGUUUAAAUUGCAUAACAACAGCAUGAUUUGAGCAGUUCUGCAAUUUCCCAUUUAUCAUCGAUGCGUUAGGUGUCAGUAAUGGGUUCUGUUGGAGUUAAAUGCCCUUCAAGUUUUUGGCUGGCUGGACUUCACUUCCCACCACCACUUUUGGUGAUGACGCACAAUUUCUCAGACGUCAAGUUCUUACUUCAAACAAGAUGGCAGCGCGCUCCGGUGAUAAACGUGGCUUGGAACAUUUAGACGAAUAUGAGCCUAAACCUGCCAAACAACAGCGAAGCCUUCAUGAACGGAUGUCAGAUAGACGUCUUGUCGUUGUUCUCGAGGGAGCGACGCUGGAAACUGUAAAGGUCGGAAAGACGUUUGAGCUGCUUAACUGCGACCAACACAAAAGCAUGAUCAUAAAGAAUGGAAGGGAUCCAGGUAGCAUUCGACCUGAUAUCACACAUCAGUGCCUAUUGAUGUUGCUGGACAGUCCAUUGAACCGCGCUGGAUUGCUGCAAGUGUAUGUUCACACAGAGAAGAAUGCACUGAUCGAGAUAAACCCACAGACCCGAAUCCCACGCACAUUUGCUCGCUUCUGUGGCCUUAUGGUCCAGCUUCUUCACAAGCUGAGCGUGAGGGCUGCCGACGGGCCCCAGCGGCUGCUGAGGCUCAUUAAAAACCCUGUGUCAGAUCACCUGCCCCCCGGCUGCCCCCGCAUCGCCACCUCCUUCUCUGCAGGAGAGGCGGUCUGUCCUCGGACUGUUGUUCCAGAGGAGGGGCCUGCCACCAUUGUGAUUGGAGCAUUUGCACAUGGAGCAGUAAAUGUGGAUUACACAGAGAAGACAGUAUCAAUCAGUAACUACCCUCUGUCUGCAGCCUUGACCUGUGCUAAAAUGUGUUCGGCCUUCGAGGAGGUCUGGGGUGUGUUGUGAUCUGAGGGGGCCUGCAGUGAAUGAGGAGUGUCGUCUGAGUGCGCACGAAAGGACACUCAUGAUGUUUGACCGCGAGCCUUGGCUAGCAGCGUUGGAUAUGUGCCCGGAGCUUUACAGAAUACAAAAUGAUGUAUUCUCAGUGGUGAAGAGUUUAAUUUACUCAGUUACAUGAAUGCUGAAUGGACCUGUUGGUUGGUCACUCCUGGCUCUGUCAAAGGCAUACAUAAAAUAUGUAGAUAAAUGAGUGUUUUUUUGUGUGGGUUUUUGUUCACAGGGGAAGCAUUCCAGUGUAUAUGAUUUUCUUUUUAUGACUGCAUUAUUCUUCUGUACAGUUUUGUGUAGAACAUAAAUAAACUGUCAUUUUGAUAGCUAA